UCUACAUUCUAUUCCUUCUUUACCACCCACAAAAAUGGCAUUCAUCCAGCCAAAGAAUUUUUAUUUUAUUUUUUUUUUUACAAUUCCUCUAUUCAUUCCCUACUUUUAUAUAUGUUCAAUAAUACUUUUUUCCUUCAAUUUAUUUUUUUCUCGCGUUUUUAUUAGUCGAUCCAAUCGUAAAAAACAGUCCAGUCAGUCGACUGGCGGCGGAACUAUGCUUUGCGCUUCUCCCCCCGUUUUUUUUAUUUCUUUAUUUACCCCUUUACCUUGCACUAAAUCUUCUUAGAAAAAAAUUUUCUCAUAAAAUCCUUUUCAAAUCUUCUUCCCUCAAUUAUUUUAUUUUGUGUCUCCCCCUCA